CCCCACCCGUCCUCUCCCCGCCCUUCCCCCGGCUGACAAAGUUGCCAAAAGCCCGGAAGCUCCAGAAGGAAACAAAGUUUCCCCCAACAGCGCCGCGGGGGAGGGAAAAAAAAAGAAAAAAAAAAGAAAGACCCUCCGCCCGGUGGAACCUCCAGCGCCCAGCGCAGCCGGCGGACUCCGGAGAAAAGGCGAUCGCAAGGCUGGGAUGAGCGACUGAAAGGGAGAAGCAGCGCCGAGGAGGAAGAAGAGGAAGAGGGGAGCAGGGGGGGGGGGUCCUGGAGGCAACCCACCCACCCACCCACCCGGCCGGGGAAGAACCUUGGAACAGCAGCCUCUUCCUUUCCGGAGGGCGAUGGGCGCCCGGCAGCCUCUCCGGGCCAAAAGGAGGGGUCCCCCCUGCCUCGUUCUGGUGGGGCUCCUGCUGGGUGUCAUUCAGGCUGCGGAAAGUAACUCCUCACGGACGGCCGUUUGUCCAGGUUAUCCCGAUGUCCGGAGAGAACCGCAAGGCCAAAUCCAUAGCCCUUCGGGCCACGUGGCGACUUCCAGCAGCUGCUCCUGGGUGAUCGUGGGUGGCCCGGAUGAUAUCAUUUACAUCGGGUUCCAACAUUUCUUCCUUUCCUGCGGGUCGGAAAUGCUGAUCAUCCGUGCGCCCAAUCAGCCGUCCCGGAAAUUGUGCGGUUACACAACGCCGGAAUCGAUUCGCGUAAAGGGUGGCAACGUGACCCUGACUUACAGUUGGAAAUUCUGGGCAAGGAAUAGAUUUCAGCUCAAAUAUGAAAGAGAACCCAAAACACAGCCUGUUGUUGUGUCAUGCAACCGCACCUUGGACGACUUCUACGGGGUGAUUUAUUCCCCGGCCUUCAGCUCGGACUCACACCUGGGCGCCGCGCAUUGCCAGUGGGUCCUGGAUGCCCACGACAGCCGUCCCCUCACCCUUCACUUCACUGUCCUUAAUUUGGAUAUCGGGGACUCGCUCCGGGUGUACGACGGUGUGCCUGGCGACCCACUCCUCCCUCACCUGCUGCGCAACUUGGAUUACACCAGCAACAACAAGAUUGUGUCGGUGGACUCCCCAUCUAGCCGGGCAUGGGUGGUCUACCAGGCGGUGCCGGGAACAGAAGGACGGGGUUUCAACGCCACGUACCACGUGCAAGGAUUUUGUGUGCCAUGGGACUUCCCCUGCGGAGGAGACAGCGGCGAGGGUGCCACAUGUUACAGCACUGCCGAGCGGUGCGACGGGAAUUGGGAUUGUGCCAACGGCGCCGAUGAGGAUGGUUGCCAUGGCUGCCCGCCGGGGCAGUACCCCUGUGGAGGACGAGGCAUCGGAGGUGCCGUCUGCUACAGUGCCACCGACCGUUGCAACUACCAAACAUUUUGUGCGGAUGCCGCUGACGAACGCCGUUGUUACUCCUGCCAGCCUGGGAACUUCCGGUGCAGAGACGGACGCUGUAUCUAUGAGAGCUGGGUGUGCGACGGGCAAGCGGACUGCGUCGAUACCUCAGAUGAGGCGGACUGCUCCUACAUCCUGCCCCGCAAGGUGGUGACGGCGGCCGUCAUCGGCAGCCUGGUAUGCGGUCUCCUUCUGGUUAUCGCGCUGGGCUGCACGUGCCGUCUGUAUGCGCUCCGGAGCCAUGAAUUUGGAGUUUUGGCACCUAUGUCACGGAUGGAGGCCCAGUUGGUUCAGCGCCAGGCUCCCCCAUCUUAUGGGCAGCUCAUCGCUCGCGGGGUUAUUCCUCCAGUAGAAGGGUUCCCGGUUGAGCAUCCAAAUCAGAAUUCGGUCCUGGGGAAUUUGCGGUCUCUCCUGCAUCUCUUGCGACGGGACCCAGCUAGCCCUGAGGGAGCCUGCGGGAGGCGUCGUCCCCAUCAAAGCCGCUUCCUACGACGUCUGACGAGGCGCAUGCGCCGAUUGGGGUUACUUCGUCACUCGGCCUCCCCUGCUUCAUCUUCUACCACGGCUUCCACCAUCAUCCCUAACUCAUCUUCCGUGCCCGAUGACCUCGCUGAGGCAUCUCGUGGAGAUGGAGAUGCUUCUUCCCAUCUUCCAGAAGACCAACCGUUGCCUCUUCCCACCAAGGUCCCACUGAUUCCUGCAGAACCCAGGCCGGAUCCUCACAACCCACGGCCUACUCCACGGUUUACGGGGGUCAUGCGUAGCCUCCGCGUCCGGCUUUUCUCCCCCAUGCCCGCCUGCUCCGCGGAAGCUGGAGAGGACCGGAACGCAUCUCCAUCUCCCGAUGAUGAAGACGAAGUGCUUCUAGUCCCUCUUGCCGAUCCGCAACUCGAGAACUUCGAGAACUGGAAUGCCGACGACGAACCUCUUCUGACUUGAGAAAUUUAGGUUGGAUGUGGCCUUGAGGAAAUUUUGUCACCAGCGACCGACAAUGGACAGUCAAGUUUCUGUUUCUUUCCCGCCGAUCCUUCCACGUUCCCCCCCCCUCCUGCCCCGCCCCAUCAGAAAUGAGCGAAAUCUUUGGGGGGAAAAAUCUAAUUUUUAAAAAAUUAUUUCUUCUUUCUUGUCAGCGUUUUGACCUGUCAGGAAUGGGUUUCAUUUGGCCUUUGGAGUCAGUUCAGAUCCACCGAGGGUUGCGGAAAUGUCUUUGUGGCUCGCCAGAUGGAUUAAUCUUCUUGGCUCCUUCCGUCUUAAUUUGUAGAAGGGAUUAUUCUCUUUUGAAAUGGCAAUUUGUGUUCUCAAAUUGCACAAUAAUUCUCAAGGGAGGUUUUUUUAGAUGUCUUUGACCCUGAAGGUUGUCUUGAAAGUGAUCGAAGUAUAUGUGCUUGGCAUUUUAAAGUUCCUUCUUAGAAAAUGAAGAGGAGGAAAGAAUACAAUAUGUUCCUUGGAGGAAAAACUCCAGUUAUUUGCCUGAUUAAAAAAAUGAAGGAAGCAAAGAUACAAUCCAAAAUAACUUUUAGCAACAUGAAGGCAAUUUUCUCUAAGACCAGUAAUUUGAUUUUUUUUUUUUUUUCCCUUUGGUGGAAAUUUGACCUUUCAAUCGUCCCAUCAUGGAGCGCAACGAAAGAUUUAUUUUUGUGAAUUUAUGGAAAGCUGGGAAUAAAUAUAUAUAUAUAUUUGUUUUCUGAGGUUUUCACGGGUGUUUGUAUGUAGGUCUUUGGUUGUUCCGGUUUUCUCCUGUGUAAAAUUGGAAGUGUCUUGGCGACGUUUCGAGGAAGUCUCAUUCGUCAUCUUCAGGCUUCAGCUUCGUGCUUCUGGGAGCAAUGUGUGAUCGCAGCUGUUUCUUCCUUUUAACUGUUCAAACCCCC